UGGCCCGGCCCGGUAUCCGGGUAAGAUGGCCGCAGUCGGCGAGUGCUCGCUGCCCGCGCCGUGGCGGCCGGUCUCCCUCACUCACGUCGAGUACCCUGCAGGUGAUUUCUCUGGUCAGCUUUUAGCUUAUUUGAGUCUUGGUCCAAUAUUCAUUAUUGUUGGCUUUGUAACACUCAUCAUAUUCAAGAGAGAGCUUCACACGAUCUCUUUCUUGGGAGGGCUGGCGUUCAACGAGGGAGUGAACUGGUUAAUAAAAAAUGUAAUCCGGGAGCCUCGGCCGUGUGAAGAAGCCCAUUCAACAGUGACCACAAAAUAUGGGAUGCCGUCCAGCCACUCCCAAUUCAUGUGGUUUUUCUCUGUCUAUUCCUUUCUGUUCCUUUAUUUAAGAAUGCACCAAACAAACAAUGCGAGGUUUCUGGAUUUACUAUGGCGACAUGUGCUGUCCAUCUGCCUCGUCACAGUGGCUUUGCUAGUCUCAUAUAGUAGGGUUUAUUUGCUUUACCACACCUGGAGCCAAGUCCUAUAUGGAGGUGUGGCAGGAAGCAUUAUGGCCAUAGCCUGGUUUGCCUUCACACAAGAGAUCCUAACUCCUCUCUUCCCGAGGAUAGCUGCAUGGCCAAUUUCAGAGUUCUUUUUAAUCCGAGACACCAGCCUCAUUCCCAACAUCCUGUGGUUUGAGUACACAGUCACGAGAGCAGAAGCAAGGAACAGACAGCGCAAGCUGGGAACGAAGCUCCAGUGACGCGGGAACGUGGGACCAGAGUUUUAACGGAGACAGACAAGAGCAGAGACCUGGGAGCAGCAAAGGAGCCUUUAAACAGACGGACCAAAGGAACAGGCAGGGACCAUACCCAAACACCUGAAAGCCUUUGCUCUGCUUUAGCAGCUAAGCUGGAUUGCUCCCUGAUGCAUGUGGGACCGUGCAGGAGUAGAAGCUCAUUUCCAACACAGAUGCACAUUGCCGGUCGAAUGUACCAUCCUGUCUACGUCAGGGGAGGGGGGAGGAAAUGCCUGGUGUCGUGUUCGGGGGAGGGAAAACCAAAAAUGAAUCCUUUCUGUGACUUUUUUUUUUUUCAGCAUGAAAUAUACACACUAUUUAUUUAUUUUUUUAAAUGGAACUAUUGUUUUUGGGGUGGGUGAGGCGUUGAUUGUGUGUUCUGGUUUUUUUGCCUUUUUUUUUUCUUUGUUCGAGUUUUUCUUUUUUGGAAGAAGAUGACAAAACUAAUCUCAAGUGGAUCAUGUUUAAGUAGGGCUUUUAAUUCUUACAAACUUCUUAGGAGGGAGGGGAACUAGGAUGGGUGACCUAGAUGGAAGGGAGAGGAAGACUUUCCUUUCUGCAACCAGUUUGGGAGAUCAAAAUCAAUUCCAACUGCACUUUGUACAGACAGAAAGACAGACUAUAAAGAUCUGAUUUUUAACACUAGUGACAGUUCUGCAGGGAAACCUGCACGGAUACCAAUUAAGGGGAGUGUGUGUGUAAAACAAAGGAAAAACACAAAUAUACUGACUCUUAUUUUUUUUCCACUGCUGCUCCUGUUGUGUAAUUAGCAAGAGUGUCCUUCUCAGAAUCUCUUCUAGGUGGCAAGACUAUCGUACAUAUCUCACAUUUAUUCCAUCUCUUCCUUUAUACUUUUAUUACCUCAGGGUUGCUGUGGACUGUACAGCUUUUGUUGUACUGAGAGUGCUGAGGGCACUGGGAAGCCCAUUGGUUACAAGCAGUGCUGUGCUCCAGCAAGAGUCAGCCCAAAGCCUUACAAAAUUCAGUUGCUGGUCUCUGUCUUAAGCACUGGAUUUUUAAUUUUUUUUCUGUUACAGCUUAAGGGAGGGAUUUUUAGGAACGAACACAGUGACAACAAUAAAUGAACAAGGCAAAUGACUAAUGACUAGCUCAGCUGCUCUCUGAACUAUUCCUUGAAGAGUCCUGUUAGAAUCCAGCCAUGAACUCCAAGUAGGGAACUUGUAACUGGCAGGAGCCUCUGCUAGGACCACAGUAGCUUGAUAGGUGGGGGUUCUGCAGUUGUAGCCUUGAAUGCUGAACUCCUGCAAGCAAGUUUUGCUUUCCAUCCUUCUUCCAUUCCGGUUCUCCGUCUGGCCAGUGGGCUCUCUGGAUGCUGUGUCUCUGUGGGAGUGUGCCUGCCAUCUCUGUGUGCUGGUGAUGCCUCCGACCUCUGUGACCCAUGAGUUCACCUGGCAAGGGCUAAACUCCAAGUGCUUCAGGGCUGUGCAUGGACACUUUCUGUAUUUCUAGUAUAUAAUGCAGCAGUUCAAGUGUAACUACAGAGAAGUAUUUAUUCAAAGCACAAUUGACUUGAACUUUCACAGAUAAAAGGACAGCUUCUGAACUGGCUCAAAGGUCAUCGGUGUGCCUUCGAUGCAGUCAUGUGAGCAGAGGUAAAAUGACUGUCACAUCUCGGUCUUGCUGCCUGUUUUACUAUUUCCACUUUAAUCAGACUCCUGCAUUAUAAAGCUGCUUGAAGUGAGAUGUUUUUUUCUGUUCAUCUUGGUUAUUUUUUUAUUAUUUUUUUUUUAAGUUUUCAUCUGUGCCUGUUGCUAUAGGAGUUUCUGUGUUCAUGUGGAGUGGGAGGUGCUGUUGGACAGCCAGAGUGUUAACUGUAGAAAGGGUCCUAAUUCAGGAGAUCAGGAAUGAAAGCUGUUUAAAUUUCUGUGUUUAAAUACCUAUGGGUAGUAAAUUAACUGUUGUCAGUUGUCACAGCAAGUAUAUAUAUAUUUUUUUAAGAACUGUUUAGUAUUUGCAUAACACGAGCAAUCCUGUAACACCUGAAGGACCCAAGCACUGGAUCUGCUUUGAAGGUGCAUCAUAAUAAAGAGGCAUCUUGCAGCUUUCACAAGGACAUUUGAUCUGACUUAGACCAGCUCUGUUAGGAUGAGACAUCAGACAGGCCCUGUACCAUGGUGGUACCAUAUGUUUCAGCCUGAAAACUGGUACUAAUCACUUAUGUCUUUCAAAACUGUUUAUUUUCUCUUUCUGUCUCU